AUGGCAGACUUGAUUUCCGCGUCGAAUGCUGAGAAUGAUGCGCGGUCGGCGCCAAAGUUCACGCGGUGCAGGACGGGGUGCUUGCGGUGUCGGAAGAGAAGGAGGAAAUGCGAUGAGCGCAAACCUCGCUGCCAGAACUGCAUCGAUAAGAACUUCGACUGCAACUACGGCAUGCAAGUGACGUUUCUACCCAAGAACUCCAUCACACUGAGCGCGAGAGAACUCAAAAGCGCAGAGGCGGAUCACGAUAGGAAAGAGAGCUAUGGCAAGAUACAGUUCAUCAACGAAGACCCCCUCGCCAUCGACAGUCUCGCCGGCACCUCCUUCGAGGAAUCCGGUUCGAUUCUCCGGUCGCAUUCGCCGGCGUCUAGCGUCUCAGUCUUGAGCACACCCAUAUCUCCCCUACAAGCACCUGAUCGACGGAGGGCAAGCAGUGCAGAAGAUAGGGAGCCCUCACACUCAAUUUCGACUCCGACCGUAACCCCAUGGGCCCUCACCAAUCUCAUAAACAACCCAACGCCCCCAGUAACCCUCGAACCACCCAUUCCGCAGUCGACAUUCAGCGCAAAGGACGAAUUCGCUGUGCGCGGCCUCCUCGCACUAGGAACCCUGUCCGGCUCGGAGUCGAUAUCCGCGUCUGCCUCUGCCUCUGCCUCUGCGGGUACGGACCAUGAUCUCGCUUUGGGAGCUGCAUCGCGCUCACCACCUCCUUUGCCGGCGAAUACACCGGGCAGGACGAUACCUGGGGAUGAGAUCUCACCUGGGUUUAUUGAUGGGAUACUAGGGAUCUCGUCCACAGCUGUACCUGCGUCAGCGCCGCAACCUGCGGCCCAUCAACCGUCUCCAUUGGGCUUUGAUGUGGAGGUGCAUGGUCAUAGUCAUGGCCAUAAUCAGGGCAAUAGCUAUGCCCAAAGUUACAGCUAUAACAAUACUCAUGAAGCUGGGGGCGCGAGUAGAAAUCCAAGCUCAGAAACGUGGAAGAUGAAACUCCUCCAGCAUUACCGGUACAAUGUUGCUCCCUGGCUCGAUAUCUGCGAUCUAACACAUUCCUUCGGUAUAACAGCGCUUCAAAUGGCCGUCUCCGCAGAAGACAGACUUCUUCCCGCCCUCCUUGCCCUCUCCGAAGCCUCCGUAUACUCAUCCCGAUCCCACGGCGUCGGUCCCGGUUUGGGACGCGGAUUCCAAGCUGUGCAUUUUGACGAUACGACUACGCCUUUACUAUCUGAUCAUAUAAUCUCAAACUCGCGCCCACAUGCGCAUUCGCCUGGUCCUCACGGAUUCGACAUACAUUCAAAUCACCUUCAUACAGAAACGGUUCUCCUGCGAGUUCUACAAGAUUUGCGGGAACUCGUUUCGGAUGUUGCGCAGACGUGGGCGAAAGCAAACGCUGACGGCGCAGAUAGCUACAGGCCGUUGGAAUUGCUGGCCCAUUCUGCGUAUGGAAUUGGUCUAGAGGCUGCUAUGUAUUGGAUGUUCUUGCGGAUGGAACUAGGGAAAUCCCUAGCGAACAAUAUUCCCCUCGGCUUACCUCUUCCUUCCCAUCCAAUUCCAAGUCUAGUAUUGCUUUGUCGCACGGAAAACACGCAUUCCCGUGUCGGCCACUACGCCCAGGUUCUCCUGUGGCUUUGCGGAAAGGCACUGACAUGCUAUUACCGCAAUCAAGACGAGGACCACGCGUCUUCAUCAGAGUCAAAUUCCUGGCUGCAAGUCUUCGACGAACUAACCCAAUGGCACUAUCUCCGCCCGCAGGAAUUCCAACCAAUGGUCGAACUGGGCACGGACGAAACAAGCCUAAACCCGGAGAGCGAAUUUCCCAUGCUCCUCUUCACGAACGGCGCGGGUGCCCUGUGUAACCAGCUCUACCACACUGCGAUGCUGUACAUGCUUGAGUGUAAGCCGCGCACAGCGCUGAUAGGUAACCAGCACUCGCCUGUGCUGUCACCCCUCUGGCAUGCGCAGCGUGUCUGCGGUGUUGCGUUGAAUAAUGACAGAAGGCAGUGGUGGGAUCCGUGUCUGCUUGCAUCGUUUCUGGUUGCUGCGAGGCAUAUGACGCACGAGUCACAGCGGCGCGAGAUAGUGGAUGGGAUUGCGCGGGUUCAGGUGCUCACUGGUUGGGGUGUUGGUGAGUAUUUAACACAGCUACGCGAGGAGUGGGCAUUUCUUGAUGGGGUUGAGUGA